UUUUCAGGGAACGAAGGUGGACCAGAAAGGGUUGAACCAGCAAGGGCAGAAUCAAAGCAAAUGACAGCUACUCAGAAACACAACCUCUUCACUCCAGAACCCCACUACAUCCCUGGCUAUGCUGGUUUCUAUCCUCAACUGCGCUACCAGGUGGGAAACACCUAUGGCCGCACCACUGCACAGUUGCUCACAGAUCCCAGCGUACAGAAGAGCCCCUGCUCUGUUUUGUCACCUAUGUCCAAGCCCAAGUUCAUCGAAGACUUCAGCAAAUCUAAGCCACCAUGGAUUCCCUGCAGGGACCUGACAGAGCCUUACAUCCCCCACUAUACCAGUCUGAAACCCCACAAGAAUUUUGAGAUCCUGGGCCAGGUCCCACGCCAGGUGGACACUCAGGGGCCGCCACAAGUAGAGAACAUAUGCAGAGAGGUUCCAAUGUCUGCAGACUUCCUGCCUUAUCCCCCCUACCCGCCAUUCCCUCCGGGCAGAAAGGGAGAAGCUAGAGACCUGGGACAUCCAGGUCUACUGCUGGCAUAUGGGGAAGAGGCCUGGAAAAAUGCAGCACCUCUUAAGGAGACCCCAGGGCAGUACCAGCUAUACCACUACAGGAGGGACGAGUGCCUGCCUCCACAUCCCCCGCAGGAGACACUAGAUGUGGGCAGGUUCCAGCGACUACCCCAGCUAGACCACCCCAACCUAAUCCAACGCAAGGCCAUCUCAGGGUAUGCUGGCUUUGUCCCCCGGUUUGCCUGGGUGAUGGGGAUGAAUUACCGUGAUGGAGUCACACAAGCUAUGGAUGAGUUUGACAAGAACCAGUUCACGUUCAGAAACCCAGUCUGUGCUCUGGGUGAAAGGCUGCCCAAGACCCACUGGCCAAACAACACCAUCUACAGAAGCCAAGGCCUGAUUCCUUUCUACAUGGGCUUCAUCCCAUCCAUGCAGGACAACUAUGCACUGACAUUCGGUAACAGCACCCGAAAAGCUUAUCAGAAGGAACUGGAGAGGCGAGGCCACAUGCUAUGA